AUGCCCGCCCAGAAGCGCCCGCCCCCGCCACCCUCGCCCUCCCCCUCCGCGGCCCCGGGCGCCGGCUCGCCCCCUCCCGCGUCUCCGCCGCCGCCGCCGACGGCCGAGCCCGCGGAGAAGAAGCCCAAGCUGGAGGAGAACGGCAGCGCCGGCGCCGGCGCCGAAGCCAACGGCAACGCCAACGAUUCCGGCGCGAAGGCGGCGGCGGCGGCGGCUGCGGCGGAGUCGUCGGAGUCUGAGUCGGAGGACGCGGACGCCGCAAAACAGGAGUUUGUACCAGUAAAAUUGCCGGAUGUACGCAAAGAAGUGCAGUGUCCCAUAUGCUUAGGCAUCAUCCGGAAGACUAGAACAGUUAUGGAGUGCCUGCACCGGUUCUGUAGGGAAUGCAUUGACAAAUCCAUGCGACUUGGGAACAACGAGUGCCCAGCAUGCCGCACACACUGUGCGAGUCGGCGUUCUCUGAGAGAUGAUCCGAACUAUGAUGCCUUGAUUGCAGCUCUAUAUCCAGACAUUGACAAAUAUGAAGAAGAGGAGCUAGCGUUCAACGAAGAGGAGAAUGACCGCAACAAGCAGAUUCAAGCAUCCAUUGCUGAGGCUUUUCGGAAACAAUCAGAAGUUAUUGGGCGGAAGUCUACCACCAAAGCUACUGCUGCUGCAUUCGUAAGAAGAUCACGCCGUAACAUUCGGCCUAAUGGGCAGAAUACCUAUUUCCGUGGCCGAGGAAGAGCCAGUUCCGAUGAUGUUGCUCUGGCCUGUUCUGAAGAUGAAGAGGAUGGAAACGGUGAAAAUGGUAGCAAAGAGGCCUCAUCUGCUGAGGAGAGUUCCCCAGAGAAAAAGCAGAAACGACUGCCAAAAUGGCCAACACCACGUUCUUCACCUGCCCGAGGAGCAUGCAAUGACGAGCUUGCUUCUGAUGAAAAGGAUGAUGUGGGAAUAUCCAGGGAAAAUUUUAGCACAUCUCCUCUACGAGCAUGGGGAAAGAAUGGCACUCGCAGUCAGACUCGCCACAGUAGCUUCAGUGGUUCAAAUGGUAGGAUGGUCAAGGGUGGGCGCAUGAUCAAGUUGGUUGAGUGCUUGCGAAAUUCUGACGACAAUGACGGCGAGCGUGAUGUGCAUCUUUGUCUGCUUCCACUUGAUGGACAAACGGCACCAAAUCUGGAGAAGUCAUAUCUGUGUUGCGGCCCAACUCUCUCCAUCAAACAACUUUGUCAGUUUGUCGCCAGUCAGACAUCUCACAAAGAUGAAGAAGUUGAGAUGUAUGUGCUGAAGCCUUCUUAUAGCAAUCCUGUCAGCACUAAUCCAUCUGGUCUUGACAAAGCAAGGCUCGCAGGGGAGGAAUGCCUUUCAGACUUGCGCUCCUCGUUCACAUUUCCUAAUGGGGUUCUGGAGCUGGUGUAUGCCAUAAAAGUGGCGAACUAG